GCCGCCGCCGCUGCAGCCGCCGCGCCGCGGCUUGAGGGCGGGAGGCUGGGGGAGGGGAGUGGAGCCGGCGCUGCCGCCAUGUUGGGUCUGAGGCGGCUGCUGUAGGCGCCUACGGAGCAAGCGGGCGUGCUGAGCGGCCACAGCGGCGCGGGAUCUGCCUCUCUGCGAGCGGCCGGGAGCGGCGGCGGCGCCGGCGCCAUGAGCGGGGGCACCCCUUACAUCGGCAGCAAGAUCAGCCUUAUCUCCAAGGCGGAGAUCCGCUACGAGGGCAUCCUCUACACUAUCGACACCGAGAACUCUACCGUAGCUCUCGCCAAAGUUCGGUCCUUUGGUACAGAAGACAGACCAACAGAUCGUCCAAUACCACCUCGAGAUGAAGUCUUUGAAUACAUUAUAUUCCGUGGGAGUGAUAUUAAAGACCUUACUGUUUGUGAGCCACCAAAACCACAAUGUUCUUUGCCUCAGGACCCAGCUAUCGUUCAGUCUUCACUAGGCUCAUCUACUUCUUCAUUCCAGUCAGUGGGCUCCUAUGGACCUUUCGGCAGGAUGCCAACAUACAGUCAGUUCAGUCCAAGUUCAUUAGUCGGGCAGCAGUUUGGGGCUGUUGGUGUUGCUGGAAGCUCCUUGACAUCCUUUGGAACAGAAGCAUCAAACAGCGGUGCCCUAUCCCAAAGUAAUGCAGUUGGUUCUGCCUUUACACAGGAUACAAGAUCUCUAAAAACACAGUUAUCUCAAGGUCGUUCAAGCCCUCAGUUAGACCCUUUGAGAAAAAGCCCAACCAUGGAACAAGCAGUGCAGACAGCCUCGGCCCACUUACCUGCUCCAGCACCUGUUGGGAGAAGGAGCCCUGUAUCAUCAACCAGGCCUUUACCAUCAACCAGCCAAAAAGCAAUAGAGAAUCAAGAGCACAGGCGAGCUGAAGUACACAAGGUUUCAAGACCAGAAAAUGAGCAACUCAGAAAUGAUAGCAAGAGACAAAUAGUUCCAGGUGCUCCUUCAGCUCCAAGGAGAGGGCGUGGGGGUCAUCGAGGUGGCAGGGGAAGAUUUGGUAUUCGACGAGAUGGUCCAAUGAAAUUUGAGAAAGACUUUGACUUCGAAAGUGCAAAUGCACAAUUUAACAAGGAGGAAAUCGACAGAGAGUUUCAUAAUAAACUUAAAUUGAAAGAAGAUAAACUUGAGAAACAGGAGAAGCCUGUAAAUGGUGAAGAUAAAGGAGACUCAGGAGUUGAUACCCAAAACAGUGAAGGAAAUGCAGAUGAAGAAGAUCCACUUGGACCUAACUGCUAUUAUGACAAAACUAAAUCUUUCUUUGAUAAUAUUUCUUGUGAUGAUAAUAGAGAACGGAGACCAACCUGGGCUGAAGAAAGAAGAUUAAAUGCAGAAACAUUUGGAAUCCCACUUCGUCCAAACCGUGGCCGUGGAGGGUACAGAGGCAGGGGAGGUCUUGGUUUCCGUGGUGGCCGAGGACGUGGUAGCGGCCGAGGUGGUAACUUUGCCACUCCUCGAGGAUUUCGUGGUGGAUUCAGAGGAGGUCGUGGGGGCAGGGAGUUUGCAGAUUUCGAAUAUAGGAAAGACAACAAAGUUGCUGCAUAGUCUGCAAACAAGUCUUUGAAAAUAGAUGGAUUUUUAGCUCUUCGUGGUCCUGAGAAUUGGUUUCAGUCUUUGAGAAGAAUGAAAAAGUGAAUUUGCUGUAUAUUUGUCACCAGCACUGGGUUUUUGUUUGUUUGUUUGUUUGUUUUUCUGCUUAAUUUCAAAGAUACAAUACAGUUAAUUUUGGGGGUGGGAGGGAAGGCUCAUCUUAAUAAAUGAGCAUUAAAUAUAUUUGGAAUAGCAGAAGGUUAAGUAAUUUCUUAUGUAUAGUUAAACUAAAGCAGUACUCCAGUGGAACUUAUAAGUAUUUUUUCAUCACUGAAAGGAUUUUUCUUAUCACUAAAUUGUAUUUGGCAAUUAUUGUGAGUUGCCUGCAGAUAGGGCCGUGAUACUGUUUUGAGCCACAGAAGGAAGGGUCUGUGUGUCUGUGUGUCUGUCUAUAUGUUUCUUUUUCUUUCUUUCUUUUUUUGGAAAUCCUGUAAUAACCCUUCUGAGGUAGCUUAUUUCGUCAAUUAAUUAGGGUGCUGGAUGGUAGAGAAUUUUGUCAGUCAACUAUGUACACACAGUAAAUACUGUUUCUUAGGCAAAGGUAACUUUUUUAUAUAGUUGUAAAAUUCCAUUAUAUUCCAUUGCCAAAGAAACAUUAAGAACUUUGUAUAGCUGUAUAAAAAGCAACUAAUUUUUUAAAGAAUAAACAUUUUAAAGUCAGCAAA